AUGAAUGUUGAAGAUGAAGCAAAAAAGUUGAAAAAGAAGGGUGAAGAGAUAUAUUGUAAAUUCAAGUAUGCAACAACUGAGGUUAAAGAGAAAGUUACUGAAGCCCUCGAGGCCGUGAAAGCGAUGGACGACGAGCUGAAGAAGGAUUUGCACGGGGUGAGGAGUGAGAUAAGUAAUAAGGUGGAGGAGAUUAAGGAGAAGAUUAAGAAGCUUGGGGAGAAUUUUGGUAGUGAUAUUGCCACCUCGGCGUCGGGAAACCGUGGUAAAGAAAUCGUACAAAUUGUUUUCGAGAAAUUUAGAGAUACGUUUGGUGAAAUUAAGGGACAACGCACAAACCAGGUCUCGAAAAAGUUGAAGCUGGAGUGA